AUGGGAUUAGAAGAAGCGCUUGCAGAGUGUGAUACUUUUGUAUCUGAAGAUGCUAUUCCAUGGUCUAAAAUAGCAGAAAAGCAUGGUAUUGUGCGGUCAACGUUGACGCGCACGUGGAGGGGUGAGACGCGUCCGCACAAAGAGAAGGUUCUUGCACAACAAAAGCUCACCCUACAACAAGAGGAGGAGCUUGUACGAUAUAUAGAAGAGCUUACUGCUCGUCAUAUACCUCCUACAAGAGAGAUGAUAGCCAAUUUCGCGUCAGCAGUCGCC